AUGUCGGUAGAUUCCGGUUUAUCCGGAAUAUUAUUGGAAAGAGUAUCAAUAAAAAUGGAGGACACUGAGGAAGAUGUUUGCCAUUUUAAAGAGUUAUACAAAAGAAAACCUUGCUUUAAAAAGUCGAUCUCACAUCAUCACACUUAUCCGAAUUAUGCUUCCGGCGAUCCUUAUUCACGAUGUGAACAUUCAAUUAUGUACGAUGUAAACCAGCAAGAAGUUUUUGGACGUAAAAAAAAAUCUAAAACGCAUCGUUGUCCUUCCUGUCAUUGUCAACUUGAUUUCAAAAGAACACCCUCCAAAACGAGGGAUAUUGAUAACAUCGAGGCAGUUUUUAAAAAAACCGAACACAUAUUUGACAACGCAUUGGCAAACGGUGGUGUGAAAAAGUCUUAUAGUAUUCCUCUUUCACCGAAAUCAAAUCCCCGUUGUCAUCGUACUCAUUCGAAAAAGAUAUCUAACAAUAAUCAUCGACAAAAGCAACGCUGGAACGAUGAUGAUGAUGACAAGUUUACGAUGAUGAUCGAUGAUAUUGUUAAUAAAGGAGUAGAGAACGAAUAUUAUAUUAAAUUUCCUAAUAGUUUGCCAAUUAAAAGUUCGACGAAGAAGGAUUAUCAUUGGAAGAACGAUCAGGUAUUACAAGGUAUAUUAGAUUAUUCGGAACCGGAGAGCGAUUUAAUGGAUAAAUAUUACGAAAAAUAUUCACGAUCAAAGAAAUGCUGCGAUAAUUCCAAGAGGGAAUUGGAAUCGAAUUUGAAAAAAAAAGAAAACGAGUUUGAGGAGUACAAGCAACAUUUGAAACAACAAUAUCAAGAGCUCGAUCAAUUGAAAUAUCAUUUAUAUGGGAAAUUGAAGAAUAUCGAUGAUCAGCAAUGCAAGGAAAAUGAUUCGUUUAACGUGGAGCAACCAGAGAGAAAGAAAAAAUCGUACUUUGAAGAUGAAACGAAAAAGAAAAAUAAGGAACAUCGUUUAGAUGGCGAAUUACAAUACACGGAUGUAUCCAAAAAGCAUCAAAUUUCGACGAGUAACAAUAAGAAUAUACCAGAGCAGGCAAACAACAAAAUUGUUCAGCAAGUAGAAGCUAGCACAAGUUAUCAUUGCACAGAUGGAGAAACGGACGUUGACAUUGAUAAUUAUUUGGAGGAUAAAAAAUUAAUUAGAGAAUUGAAGAAUAUUUCUUAUUUAAAACCCUGUCGCAAGUCUUCUUCUGCCAAAAACACAAAAUGUACGAAAUCAUUCGAGAGAACGACUUGCAUCGAAAAAGAAAUCAAUGACAAAAACGAGAAUACUGAUAUUGUUGUGGAAAGUAAUCAGCCUGAUGAAGAUCUCGAUCUUCACGCUAGCAAAAGUCAUAUUCUUAAUUUGAUCGACAAAGCAUUGAGCAAAGAAUUUGGUCAAUUGGAUGCAAAAAAGGUAUUUAAAAUAAACAGAGAUCCGGUGAAGGAAGAAAUAACACGACAAGAGUUAUGCAUUGAGAUAAGUCGUGCACUCCAAGGUGAUUGUUGCGAUUCGUUGGGGCAAACGUUGUUGAGUCAUCGUGGUACGUUGGAAUACGUAAAGCAUCUGAAAAUCUUACGAUGGGAAUAUUUGAAUCAUAUUCAAGAUAAACUGAAAAAGUUAUACGAUCUCGAAAAGAUCCUCGACGACUGUUCGUCGCCGAGGAACUCGUUGUUGACAUUGCAAUCCCACGCGAAUAACACAACGGAUCAAUAUAAGCACGUUCGAGCUCAGCAAGAACAGCAAAAAGAAUUCAAAACAAUUUGAUUCUAUGAAUAAAUAAACAAUUAAAAAAUACAAAAAAAACCAAACGACUUUCGAAUCAGUUGUAUUCGUCUUGAAAGAAGAAAAUAGUGCAAUAUCCGAAAUGUUUUUCUUUUUGUCUGCUUAAUCCUACUUUAUACAUUAUUUUUAAUAGGUAGCAAUAGCUUUAUUGUUUAAACAUCUUAAAUACAUCAGAAUACAUAACUACUAUAUUUUGUUUUUUUCUUUUUGUUGAUUUCGCAUUCAUCUACUAAAUUCUUCGUUAUCCAAUUUUCUAAUCAUGUUAUAAAUAAUGUUAAAUCGCAUUCUUUCGAUAUAAUAAUAUAUAUAUAUUGUAUCUAUACAUACAUAUAUAUGUAUAUAUAUAUAUAUGUACAUUGCGAUUAAAUGAUUUUUUUUUGCGUGAGCUUUGUGACAAGGAAACUCUCUCUCAUCGCUGCUACGCAUGUAUAUUUAAUAUACAUACAUGUGUAUUUCAUUGUAUGCGCUUUUAUAUAUAUAUAUAUAUAUUUAUUUUUAA